GCAUCUCACAUAAGCACAUGAGCAUGCCAUUCUUCGUCUAGUGAGAAGUUGUCAGGCUAUCCCGAUUUAGGACCAGUGUGUUUGCGGCUGGGAUUUUCCGUGCAAUGCCCGGACGUCGUUUCGCUUCUAGCGCCCCGGGAACACCUCCGCACGGACAGGGGCUGCCUCCUUCGGACAGCGACGACACCGACCACACCGACCACAAGCUGCUGACCGCUAUGAGAGGGCUGUCUCGCCAGCUGGCUCAGUUUGCAGCUGAUGUGAACGAGCAACUAACUGCGGUAAACACAAAACUGCAGUCUAUGGACCAGAGGAUGACCGCGUUAGAAGUAGUAGUAAACUCCCGCCCUUGUAUGGUAGAGAAGAGGAAAAGACGGGCGCAAAAUCCCAAAAUUGCGGAAGCGGUGCGCCGUUUUCAUAACAGCAAGGGAAAUCGCAAGCGCUACAAACCUGAAGAAGGACUGAGCUCGCCUCACAAUGAGGCGGUCACGUCUCAUUUGGUCCAAGCUCUGGCUGAAAGUCCGGAUUUGCACAACGUGGCUAGAGACGCCAUUCUGUCUGCCUGUAAAACCUACUAUGAGACCAUACGCAGGAAUUUCCGCUACAGCCAGCCGGACCUUGCAGCCCAGGCUGAAGCCAUGAAGACUGCAGCCCGCAGUCGCCAGAGGAGGAAAAGACUGCUGGAAGCAAGACAGGGUGUUCUCAGUGCAGAUGAAGUGGACUUCUGGAGGAGCAUCACGAUUGACAUGAUGUCCGAUGAGGAGGAUGGCACUGUUGAGGGGGUGGCUGGGUGGAUAGUGCGGCCUCCUUCCUUUCGAAGCAAAGAACUCACUGACCUGUGUGCAGCUCUCCAGGCUAGACUGGAAGCUAACCCAAAAUACACAGCUACACAUCACAGACGUCUUCACAUUGGACCAGACUCAGACAGAAAUCCUCCAAACACAUACGACCCAGAUGCGGCAAAAAGACAUUUCAAAGCCCAUCUUAUCCCUCAGAAAGCUAUAAAUCAUCAGAACUUGGAGGAAAACUGCAGUAGCUACAAAACUGAAGAAUCCAUGAGCUCGCCUAAUGAUGCGGAUAUGUCUCCUCUGGAUGAAGCUUUAGCUGAAAGUCCGGAACAUCACAGCGUGGAUAACGAGAUCUUCUGUGUGACUGUAACCUAAAGAUAUUCUGACCAAAUGUUACCUCCAAUCGACCUCCAUACUACCACAGCCAUGAGCUUGCCAACCUGUAUACCGUGCUUCGGGCAAAGCUAGAAGCUGAUACUAAGUGCACGUCUGCAUAAUGGACCACAUUCAGACAGAAUGCAACCACAAAUAAAACUCAGAAGCAGCAAAAAGAUAUUCUGACGCCCCAGAUAGGGGCAUUAAUAGGUUUUAUUUUUAAUUUGUUAUGUUGUACAACAUAUUUUAUCCUUGGUGUCUUAUAGUGGGCUCAGACUAAAUAAAGUUAAAAGUCUAUGUGA